GCAUUCGAUACGAGAUCACGAGCGGUAACAUAGGCGGCGCUUUCGCCGUGAAGAACAUGACGGGCGCCAUCUACGUGGCGGGCGCUCUGGACUACGAGACGCGCAAGCGGUACGAGCUCAGGCUCACCGCCUCGGACAACCUGCGCGAGAACUACACGACGGUCGUGAUCCACGUGAAAGACGUGAACGACAACCCGCCCGUGUUCGAGCGGCCCACCUAUCAGAGUCAGAUCACGGAGGAGGAUGACCGCGCUCUGCCCAAGCAGAUCCUCAAGGUGACGGCGACCGACGGCGACCAGGACAGGCCGCAGAACAUCGUCUACUUCCUUACGGGUCAGGGGAUCGAUCCGGACAACCCGGCCAACUCCAAGUUCGACAUCAACAAGACGACCGGCGACAUCUACGUCCUCAAGGUGAGUCAAUCGGGGAGCGUCGCAGGUCAAUCCCCACGCCACGCCCGGCCCCGCCACGCCACGCCCCACCGCCUGCGGAGAGUCUGCACGGGGGUCGCUAUGCGUGCCAAACAUUUGGUCGUAAUUUUUCAAGAAGGCCAACUCUUUGACCGAUCAGAAGUCUGCAUACCUUGCGAUUCUUUCUGA